AUGUUGAUCGAAGAAACUUUUCAAGAUGUUGAAACUAGCUAUAACACCAGCUUGAGGCUCUAUACCUUUUCGCCCAAGAUUCAGGGCUACCCAAACGCUAAAUUUCCAGGUGUGCUAUGUUUUAGCGAAAUUUACCAAGUUACGGGCCCGGUGAGAAGAUUUGCGCAACGUAUAGCUGCACAGGGAUACGUGGUGGUGGCACCGGCGAUCUACCACAACUUUAUGGGGCCUGAACCUUUGGCCUACGACGUCAAGGGCACUGAUAUGGGCAAUGAGUUCAAGAUCGAGAAACCAUUGGAAUCAUACGAUGAGGACACCAAAUUGUGCUGUGACUACCUUUACCGCUUGCCCCAGUUCGAUGGCAAGAAGAUAGGUGCUACAGGUAUGUGUUUGGGUGGACAUUUGGCGUUCCGCAGUUUGCUUGACCAAAGAGUGAACUGUGCAACAUGUUUCUUUCCCACGGAUAUUCACAGUAAAUCUUUGGGUAAGGGUCUCAACGAUGAUUCGUUGCAACGCAUUUCUCAAGAAGCAUCAAAAGAUCAGGAGCUGGUGUUGAUUUUCGGCACUUUCGACACUCACGUUCCUCCAGAGGGCAGAGACCUUAUCCGCAAAGAAUUGAGAGACCAUGGCGUAAACUUCUCGUUCUUGGAAAUCCACGCUGCACAACAUGCCUUCAUCAGAGAUGAGUCCAGCAAGGGUCGUUACGAUGCUGCUAUCACCGAGAGUUGCUUAGGGUUUCUCUUUGAGCAAUUCAAUCGGAAACUUUCCUUGAAUUUGGGGGAGUUUGUUCCUGUUGGUGGAAAAAUCGAACAUGUUUGCUGA